UUCCUAGGUUUAUUUAUAACGUUAAACUGCUGCAACCCACUCACUCACUCUCAACCUUGCUCCUCCACGCCGCAAACUUCGCCAUUCUCUCUCGCAUCUCAACCCUUUAUCACUCUCUCGAGUUGCAUCCAGGAAGGAGGAGGUGCAAUAGAGAAGGGCUUGAGCAACAUGGGUCAUUUUGAGAAGCCCAUCAUCAUUAAGGUGGAGCCUCUGGAUGAACCAAUUAACCCUACAAAAGUCACUGAGGACACUGAAGUCGACAUUGUGAGUUUGACCAACAAGGGUGAUUUUGCGUCCAACAAAGUUGAGGACCCCGACGCAACUGACUAUUCUAGCUCAUUUUCUGGCACUACGUCUGAUGCUGAAAAUGGUUCUAGAUUGAGUGAUGCUGAAGUGGAGUCAGAAUUCUUGGGUGAUAAUGGCUUGGCAGACACUUUUGAUGGUUCUGCAUUUCCAAAGAGGAAGAGGAAGUUGACCGAUCAUUGGAGGAACUUUAUACGACCUCUAAUGUGGCGUUGCAAAUGGACAGAACUAAGAAUUAGGGAAAUUAACUCACAAGCAUUAAAAUACAGCAAAGAGCUUGCAGGAUAUGACAAGGGGAAACAUACAGCACCUGAUGAAUUUACUUUAGAAGAGUUUGGUUCAAAGUCAUUGCCAUUUUUGGGUGAACAGCUCAGAAGUAAGGCCAAAAAGAGAAGAAAAAGGAAGAAAGUUGAAGACACAACUGAUAUUGGAUCGUAUACGUCACAUCAUUAUAUUUUCUCCUAUCUCGAGAAUAAGAAGUCUGAUCCGGAUGGGUAUUUGGCUGAUGAUUUUGGUAAUCCAGUGAUCACAGAGCCGCAUGUGAAUUCAACAGACAGAUUUGGCAUUGGAGAAGAUCGACCUUUGCUGGAUUUCAAUGAAACUGAUGUUUCCUUCAAGCAGCUGCUUUUGACAAUAGACAACACACAUACUAGGAUCCACAAGCUGAAGAGUAAUGUUGAUGGAAUCGUGUCCAAAAAGGCUUCAAAGUUUUCUUCAUCAGAAAAUUUGAGCUUUCUUCUUCAUCAUGGUGAUGUGCAGCAGACUAGCUCUGUUGAAAGUCCUACAAUCUCUGCAGGGAAUGGAGAUACGGCAUCUAUUGGGGUUAUUUAUAAUUCAACUCAGCAUGAACCCGACUUUGAUAUAGGAGAUUUUGUUAUGCAGGAUAGUGCUAUUUCAAGUUAUGGAGGAGUUCCAAUGAUUCCUGAUAUAAUUGAGAGCACUGUUGGCUUAUUGUCUGCUGCUGAUGUCACCCUCCAUUCGGCCUUCGUUGUUGACUCGUGUGAAGAUGUAAUGGUGGACAAUGUCUUGAUACAUGAGGUAGCUGAAACAGAUGAGCACACCUUUGCAAGCCACUAUCCCAUGGAGAGGCUUCAGGACGUGGAGAAAGACGAAGAAGGGGAAGAAAGUCCGAAUCCUGUUCCUAUCCCCUUGUCAGAUAUUAAUACAGCAACAACAAACCCUGCAGUGUCUGAAGAGCAAUCAACUAUCAAGUCCUGCAUGUAUAGAGAUGGGAACAUUCCCAAGAACAAAAGAAAACGCGGGGAGCGCAAAGCGUGUUCAGGCGGUUGGAGCAAGAAAUGCUCGGGGGAUUCUGAGAACCCGUGAGCAAGUCUUCUCAAUCAGAAGUGACUACAUGUAGCUUACUUUUUCUCCCUCAACUUGACAGAUGUUGUUAAUACUUUAAAGGUUAUAGUGAAUAACUAUUAUAGUCAUUUCGGAUGAGGAACUGGUUUCAUUCUGAUUUUCGGAUUCUAUACUUCACACCCAUCAAUUUGGGUUUGGAUGUGAGAACAAUCUUUUUCAAUUUGAUCUAUAUAUGAAAAGAAAAUUUAAUUCAAUUUUUA